GAGAGAGAGAGUGUGUGUGUUUUGUCAGCUUUCUUGUAAGGUCGACGAGUUAAAUGAUUCAUGAAAAAAGCGCCUUUUUAAAUAUUUUCUUCCUUGCAGUCUACAGCAUCUACUACACUACCAUUGGCAAAUAAUGUGUUCAUGUGAGUAUUUAGAUGCAGGAAAUAAUAAGUGAAGAUGGAAAAUGGAACGUCAUUACGACCAAGGGAGAUGACAAAAUGAAGUUUGGUGAGACGAACCGGUGUCCCUAAUAAUGCAUGAAGAUUCUAUUCGUGGCGUCUUUCUAGCUGACAAACGACGUCUCAGCGAAAAAAGGAAUCGUCGUAAAGUGAAAUCGUCUCCAACAGACACACCAGUUUAACAGACGAACUUCAUCGACCACUUUUUUGAAGCGUCCCGCGUGUGAAAACAAGAAAAACAAACUAUGAUCAUUUUCGACGACGGGUCUUGCGUCAUUCUAUCGGCAACGGACGAUGUGCAAAUGACUCCGCUGUCUAAAGAUAUAACACGUUCCUAAAUGAGUGAAGAAAGUCCAUCGAGGGACCUGAAGAAACCUGUCGUUUGAAAAUGAAGGUUAACUUGAUAACUCGGUGGUGCUGGAGAGGAGCUUCGGUGGCGCCCUCUCAAGAUGGCGACGGCGUCGCCGACCCUGGUGGUCGGAAUGGGAAUCAAUUCGCCGCUAAUGGCCAUCUCGAGUCCAUGGCUGUCCAUGACGGCUUCGGUGCUAGUUCUGGUGGCAGGUGUUGCGAGUGUACACUGUAUCGUUUCAGAAGUCAGUGGAGGACUAUCCUGACUACUGUCGGCGUCGUGACUAUCAUAUGCGUAGUCGCCUACUUCUGCAGAGACUACAUCAGGAGAGUCCUCCUGUGGAUGGAUGCACAGGAGGUGUGGGUCGUCGUUCUGGUCUUCCUUGCUCUUUUCACCGUCGUCUCAUUCCCGUUCACUUGGGGCUACAUCAUCAUAAACAUCGCAGCAGGCUACAUGUUCGGUACCUGGAAGGGCCUCGCAUUGACCGUCGGUACUGUCACCUUAGCCGUCAUGUUCGUCCAUUUCAUCAUCAGAGCGUGUCUUAGGGAGUUCGUGCGUAAGCAAGUGCUCAAGUCUCGGAUAGUGGGCGCCCUCCUGACGGUGGUGGCGGGAACUCACGCCUUCAAAGUCAUAGCGGUGACCAGGCUCACUCCCAUUCCCUUCGGCCUUCAGAAUGCCGUCUUUGCCGUGUCAGGUGUGUCAACUUUGCUGUACAUGACGGCAUCCGUCAUUGGCCUUCUUCCAACGCAACUCCUGAAUUGUUACUUGGGUACUACGGUGAGGAAUUUACAGGACGUUGUGUCAGAUUCCUCCUCUGCAACGGCUACGGGCUGGAUCAUAUUCAGCGUACAGAUUGCCAUUAGCAUCGCCCUCACCAUCUGGGUCAUCAGGAGAGCAAAAGCGGAGCUGCACAAAACCAUGACAGCCGAACUGGCCCAUCCCAGUAGUGACAGUUCAUCCAGCUCACGGGCUUCGUCACCCGGUAACACCGAGGUCCCGGAUGUUACGCAAAACCAGAAUGGCAUUGCGAACAUCGCUACCUUGGUACCUACUUCACCUUGCCAUACCAUACCCCAAAUGAAUGGUAAUUUAAACCCAAAAGAGCCACAGCAAGAGCAACACGACCAGCAGCACCUGCCAAACAGUCCUUUAUCCCACCAAUGCACGCCUCUAGCCUUACAAGCCCCCCCCAUCCAAUCCUCGUACCUACCCCAAAACAUGAGACGCCACUCUAGUUCACACCUUAACUACCUGGCCAUCUCUUCCGAGCGCUUCUAUGAUAAUCCGUUGCAUCUCUCCUCGCCUUCCAAUAGUCUGAAGCGGCCCUUCAGUCCAGCAGAUGAGGAUGUUCAUUGUAAUAUAGAUAUAUGUGAAGGGGAGAGGCUUAUUUCCGAUGACGACAGCGAGCACCACCGUCUAUCCAGCAUCAGCGGCACGGUCUUGGAGGCUGGAGCCCUCCGCGUCAGCAAGACCUUCUCAACCGCCAAGAAGACCUUCUCAACCACCAGCUUCAUCUCCCUCAGUCAGGAGGAGGACGGCGACUGCGCUCCUGGCCAGAACUCGAGUUCCCGCCAUGACUCCUCAGACGACGAGCUCAUACUGCUCGGGUCCAUGGAGGAAAAUGAUAAUCCCGUCUGAAUCUCUUACCACCCUCAUCGUACAGUCGUUCCUUGGAAUUCGUGCAGAUGCAGACAUUUCGAGACGGGUUUUGAAAUUUUCUUAAUCAGCGCAGCUUGCUGUAAGGCAUGCUGUCUUUGCAAUUGCUUGUAAGACUUACGCUUGUGAUUACUGUCCUCGUUACGGGUUGCUGUUUGAACCAGUAAUUUGCACGGUGGGAUUACAUUUGAUUGCACAAAUGGCAACUCAUUCUGGAUCUGGGAGACUUGAUUAUAAUUAUAUCACUCGUAACUUCUCACUUUCACUCCAUAUUCCAUUCACUCUAAUCAUGCAAGUUUGAUAACUUGUGAGGAGCAGAGUUCAGAGUUCUGCAACUGCAUCUACCUGCCGUUUGAAAAAAAAAAUCAUUUAUGGAUAGAUGGUGUUGAUGUGCUGCAAUCGCCACUUUGCUGUAGGUUUACGGAGCACCCAUUAGCAGAAUAAUAGAUCCACAUUGUUGAGAAGGAAAAUAUCCAGGAUGAAGACAGUCGUUGGCUUUGAAUGGGGAAUUGCCUUUGAUUGCUUUGUUAAAGCGAACCCUUUGUUAAAAAGAAACAUUGCUGUGCAACUGGUUUCUUUCAAAAUAUUAGGAAUUUUGUUGUACUCCCGUCCUUGUGUUUAGCACCACUCAUGUGCUGUGGAGGCCAAGACCAGCAUUUUAUGUUUGUUGUGCUCCCCAAGAGAGAGAUACCCUACCACCAUGCUAAAUUGUUUUGACAAACCCUCUACAUCAUUCUUCAAGGUAGUGUUUACCACGUAUUGUUGACAGGAUUUUUAAUAGUCAUAAAAUGCUAAAGAACAUUUUUGCAUGUGGCAAUUUUAACAACUCCCAUGUUUGAGAUAUUAUAGCAUUUCAGUAACUGUUUUCACCACAGGUGUAGUUUAGUUUACUAUUUUGAAAUGGAAAUAUUUUGCCAAAUGCUUAAAAAAAUAGUUGAACAUGCAGGAAAUCAACUAUUUCAGUUUAAUUCGUGAUAGUAAUUUUUAAUUUGCCAUUUAUCUAAGGUUACUAGAUUCACAAUUUCAUUGCCGUUUUCUGAUACUGAAAAGUUUCACUAUAACUUUAAUCAAAUCAUAUAACCUCCCUUUCAUUCAUUGAAAGAUGGUACUAUUUCCCUUCAAAUCAAAUAAGUUCUAAGUGCAAUAUUGCAUUCGUAAUUAUAUAUUUUGAUUCAAAUCAGAGCAGCACGAUAUUAGUACGAGUCUUUUUGCCCAAAAUCACUACUUGCAUAGUUCAAAAGUUAAAUCAUUGUAACCUGAAACCAUGUGUUUAUGGAGGAUCCAGGAGUAACAUGAAAUCACAUGAUCAAAAUUCAAACAGUUGAUAAUCUCUAAUUUACAUAAUCCAUGAUAUUGGUGAUCAAGCACAAUGAGCCCACAAAGUGAUAAUCUAACACUGCAUGAACUCUGACUACAGGUCCAUUAAAACAGCAUAUCUUUGAUGGGAGUGCUUACCAAUUCAUCAUAUAUGAUAUUACCUUUUGUGGUUUAUCAUUGAAUUAUAUACAGCUCAUGUCAUCAACAGUGGUAUAUGCAUUAUACACUAUACUCUGUUUUUUCCAUCUGUCCACCCGCCUGUGGUGUUUGCGCAUGGUAACACUGCGUCCCGGGCUUUAGAUAGUUAUGCUAUGUGUAAGUUUUAGGCAAAUAAAAGGAUAUCUGGGUGUACAUUUGCAACUGUAAAGUGUUUUAAUAAUUUACUGUAUGCGAAUUACACCGUUAAUAUUCGAAAUAGGAUAUUGUUAUUAUUGUUGAAUGUCAGCUGAAUGUAACUAUCUACAGCCCGGGACUCAGUGUUACCAUACGCAAACACCACAGGCGGGUGGACAGAUGGAAAAAAGCCUAGUAUAGGCCCUUUGAUAGACUUGGUAAAACAUGAUUAACUUCAAAGUUGGAGUUUAGUUGUUUUUGUUCAGCUCUCUAGGAGGAUUCCACUUGGGUUUCUAGUGGAAGUGCUGAUGCUGUUUAAUCGUAUAAAUCUUCUUUAAAUUAUACACUCACCUUCCUCAGAAGUAGGUCUCUGUUAGCUUCAAAUCUUAUUUUACCUUCAGAAUAAUCGGCAAAAAUAAGUGAAUUCAUUUUAAUCAAUGUAAAAGUCCAUAGAACUUUUCAGAAUGGUGAAACCUCUUCCAUUUUACAAAGAACGUGUAUGCUAUUAUUUGAUAACCACAUUGGAUUUUUUGAAAAAUGGCUAUUUUCUAAAAUUUAAGACCAUGCAUAUAUUCAAAUGGUAGGUUCUGGUAAAAUGCAAUGAUAUACUUCAGAAGUACAUGCUCUAACCCAGUGAGGCUUGGACAUGUUCUUGUGUAACCCCUGGAAGAAUAGUAUUUGACAGUGUUAGUUGGACUCCUGCGAACACCAGGAGAGCUGGAGGUCCAAAGCUACUUGGAUGAGAACUAUGAGAAGGGAGAUUGGAGAUAAUCGAUAUUUAUGGAAGAUAAAUCAGAAGAAAGAUAUGAAUGGCGGAAUUUCACAAAGGUCCUUUGCGUCACACGGCGUUAGAGGCAAUGGUGAAGAAAUAGUGAAACUGAAGAAAACAAAAUACUUCAGCAAUUUUAGCGUUAAACGACCCGUUGUCUGGAAAGUGACGCAACCUACAGUUUUAAGCAGGAUGCCAGUAAUAUCCCCUUUCCUCAAAAUGCAGAACAGACAACAAUGUAAUGAUUAGUAAAUCAUUGGUUAAUUACUUCCACGUUCUGGAAUUUUUUUGGAGGCUAUCUUGGAUUGUACAGCCCAUGGAAAUAUGUCAGUUAUGGAACAGGAUAUUGCCGUAUAUUUGGUGAAAAUAUUUGCGGAAAUGCCCAUGGUGCUUAGACAUGCAUUGGAAAUGUUAAUUCAACCAUUUGAAUAA